AUGGCGGUGGUUGGAAACUUAGCGCUUCUUCUAGACGUGACGAUGCCACCGAUCAUCAUACUUCCCAAAAGGGAAACACGUCUAGUGGCUCUCGAUCUGCUAUUGAGCUUGUCGAGGCGGCAACUUCACCAUCUCACCGGUUCUAGCAAUGUCCAUGCUUCUUCUCUGGCCGGGAAGGGCUUCGAGUCGGAAGGGGAAGUGAGGAAUCAGAGAUUCAUGGUCCGUGGGGAGGAGAAUUCGAAGGUGAACGGGGUGGAUUUCGAUAGCGGCGAAGAAAACGAGAACGGGAACGGCGAGGAGGGAGAAGAGAAUCCAUUCGAUUAG